AAUAUCAGGCUGGAGGGUACUCAGGAGCGGAGUGCGUUUAUGCGACGUAUGCAACAUGUUAGCAUAUGUGGAAUCGCUAUUUCCCCCCAUUUCGAAUGGUGUAAUCAUUUGUUGAAGAAACGCGGGAGGCACGUGUGGGAGUGGGGAUGAGAGUUGGGUGGUUGACAAAGGAGCAACUCGACGUCUUCACAACCAUCAUUCUUCACCAUGGAUCAUACUCAAAUGCCCGAAGGCUUCCUCUAUGAUCCACCUCCAUUUCUCUUCCUCCUCAACAUCUCUGUAGAAUCAUGGUCAUGCCCACCAUCUGUUCUUUCACACUACCCUUUUCCAAACUCCCUCUGCCCUUCUCCUCCACCAAGCUAACCACCGGGACAACACCAUCUUCUCUCACUUCCACCCAUCCCUUUUCUCUCAGUCUCAGAUCCCCUGCAUUUUCCCCGAUUAAGCCAAAUGCCACCGUCUCAUCUUCUCAAUUCGGUGAUCAAGGUCUGCAGAUCUCGUCGGACAGUAUCUGCUCCCAACUCCCACUUCGAAGCUGCAUUUGGAAGUGGAGGGGUUACUCUAUUCGCUACCAAUGUUCGGGAGACGAUGGCCCUGCAUUGAUACUCAUUCAUGGUUUUGGAGCAAACAGGUCUACACCAUUCAAUUUUUGCUUCUCAUACCACUAACUAUAGUGACCAUUGGAGGAAAAAUAUACCUGUCCUUGCGCAAUCACAUAGAGUUUACGCCAUUGAUCUUAUUGGUUAUGGAUACUCGGACAAGCCAAAUCCAGAUCUAGUUGGAGAAGGCUUUUAUACGUUUGAGACAUGGGCUUCCCAGCUGAAUGAUUUUUGUGUUGACGUGGUUCAGGAUAAUGCAUUUUUUAUUUGCAAUUCUAUAGGAGGAGUAGUUGGUCUGCAGGCAGCAAUUAUGAAACCGCAGAUCUGUAAAGGCAUUGUUCUUCUAAACAUAUCUUUACGCAUGCUUCAUAUUAAGAAGCAGCCUUGGUAUGGGAAGCCAUUCAUCAGAUCCUUUCAGAAUUUGCUGAGAAAUACUGCUCUAGGAAAAUAUUUUUUUAGAGCUGUUGCAACCCCGGAGUCUGUGAAGAAUAUUCUUUGCCAGUGUUACCAUGACACCUCUCAAGUUACAGAUGAACUAGUGCAAAUUAUCCUGAACCCCGGAUUACAGCCGGGUGCUGCUGAUAUCUUUCUGGAGUUUAUUUGUUACUCAGGCGGGCCCCUUCCUGAAGAACUUUUGCCUAGGGUCAAGUGUCCUGUAUUGAUAGCAUGGGGUGACAAAGAUCCAUGGGAGCCAAUCGAGCUUGGAAGAAAUUAUGCAAGUUUCGAUUCUGUGGAAGAGUUUGUUGUCCUUCCCAAUGUUGGGCACUGCCCUCAGGAUGAGGCACCUCAUCUAGUGAACCCGCUGGUCGAGUCAUUUGUGUCGGGCCAUGCUACAAGAAGUGCACACACAUAAUCUUUUAGGACCCAGGAUUCCACUUAUAGGUUUUAAUCAUCUUGAAAUUCCUACUGAAUGCCAUCUACGAUUUAGGGCUCCUCAGAAGUGCAACUUGCCACGCAUAGCAAUUCUGCGCCUGGAUCUCAGAUGUGAAGUUGACAUUCGAUCAAACCUACACCAUUGCAAGAAUCUUGCUUAAUGCUUCUUCCUCCCCACCCCACAAACAACACAUCAUGUACUUUCUGAAGUUUAUGUAACAACGUUUUCCGUUGAACCAAUAUAGCAUUCUCGUUGAUCCAACGAAAGGUUACGUAGUUCAAUAUCUCACAUCACAUUGAAGUACUGGAGUAUGCUCAUCCUUCAGGAAAUGGAUCACCUUUCAGAUGAGAAUCUGCUUCAACUCACUACUCUGACCUCUAUCUUCCCAUAAUUUCUAGUACAUUUUCCCCCUUAAACACAUGCCUUUCUGUCACAUUUCCCAUUUGAUUUGACAUUACGCUUUGCUGUUUUCUUUCAUUUCAAUUUUUAGCAAUACUCAUUUUAUUAUAUACAUACAUAUGUAUAUAAUGAAAAUGAUCACUAUCACCAAUAGUUGUAAUUUUAAAAAAAGACCGCAUAUGGUGAGUAACAUAAUUUCUAGUAUUACAUCAAUACAUACUAGUAUUUGUAAUUUGAUACAUUAUUUGAUGAUAUAUUAUUGUAAUUUAUGGAUUCUAUACAA